AUGGCGGCGCCCAGCGGGAGGAGCAGCCGGUGGCUGUGGGCCGCGCUGGUGCCCGCCGCUCUGCUGUGCCUGGCGGCCCGGGCCGCGGAGGAAGCGAGCACGGCUGAAUUCGACGUGCGGCCCGGCGGGGAGGUUCACUCCUUUUCUCGGAGCCUGGGGGAUUACAGCUGCACCUUCACCUACUCAGCUCAGGGAGGAACGAAUGAGCAGUGGCAGAUGACCGUCGGAGUCAGUGAGGACAACCUGCUCUUCUCCUGCUCCCUCUGGAGGCCCCAAGGGAAGUCUUAUCUCUUCUUUACCCAGUUUAAAGCUGAAGUGAAGGGAGCCAAGAUCGAGCAUGCCAUGGCUUAUUCUCAAGCUGCAGUGGGUGCCCAAAGUGAUAUCCCCCUAAAACAGGAAGAGUUUGAAGUCACUGAAACAACAGUCUCUCACAGGGAAGGGAAGUUCCGUUUUGAACUCUCCAAACUCAUGAUUGUAGCAAGAACACCCCGUGACGAGCUGUGAGCCCAUGGCCAGGGGGGCUUGGGCCAGAAGACCAUGGCAGAU